AUGGCGUUACUGCAUCGCAUGUCGGAAGAAUGUAUCAAGUCCGAGUUGGAUUUAUUUACAGUCCCGCUGACGCAGACGGUUAUCGAGAAAAACGCAUAUUUAGAAGUACCGCCGUUAUCCGCCAUAUCGGACUCGUCCCCUUUGGAGUUUUUUAUAGCAGGGACCGGUGAAGAUUACAUAGACCUAAAUAACACAAUGUUGUUUUUACCUCUUAAAAUCACAAGACCUAAUGGAGCUGACAUUUCAGACACAGCGAAGGUAUCCCAAAUAAAUUACCCCGGAGCCAGUAUAUUUUCGCAAGUCGAUGUCAGUCUCGGCGAUCGUCUGAUAUCUCAGAGUUCGAGCACGUAUCCUUACCGAUGUAUCAUCGAGAGUCUUCUCGACUACAGCAAAGAUAAGUUGGAAACGCUUUUCUCAGCAGGUCUGUUUUUCAAAGACACGGCUGGGCAGAUGGAUGUAACCGACCCUGUGGGCCGUAAUGCGGGGUUGACCAAGAGAUGGAUCUACACAGCCGGUAGCAAGGUUGUGGAACUGCUGGUGCCUAUUCACAGCAAUAUUUUCUUUCAACAGAAAUUAAUUUUGAACGGCAUCGAUAUUAAAAUACGUAUGAUCAGAGGUAAAGACGAAUUUUGCCUGAUGACCGACGACGACGUGGCCUAUAAAUUAAAUAUAGUGUCGGCGUCGCUUUUUGUCAAGAAAGUGUCCGUAUCACCGUCCGUGAGACUGGCGCAUGCUCAGACCUUACUUUCAACUACGGCCAAGUACCCCAUAGAUAGGGUAUGCCUAAAAAAUUUCUCUAUACCGGCAGGGUCACGCGUAUCAAAUCAGGAAAAUUUGUUUUUGGGUACACUACCAAAAUCUAUCAUCCUGGCUAUGGUUGAUAACGAUGCGUUCACUGGUACCUACGAUAAAAACCCGUUCACGUUCAACCAUUAUGAUUUGGAGUUCCUUGCCGUCUAUGUCGACGGACAGCAAUUCCCCUCUAAACCUCUACAGCCUGACUUCGAAACCGAUUCUGCAGUGCGGAAUUUUAUCAGCUGGCGACCUCUACCGGGAGACAUCUUAAAAACCAAGCGCUCUCUAUCAACAGGGAUGAUUUCCUGA